CCGAAGAGCUCGGACUGUGUCUAUCUUAUGUGGCAAAAUAAAUAUUUUUGUUUACCUUUGUUCAGGGACGCUCGGUAAUGGAGCACGAAAGCCGCGCCCAACGAGCCCUCGAAAAAUUAUCCGUGCUCGAGUGGUACAAGCAGAACGUACGGCCCUUCAAGAUCCUCAGGCCCAAAUCCGAGGACAAUCACCCGUGGAGAAAAAUGAGCACCCAGCAGCCGAAGAAACACUCAUUCGUCUCGAAGGAGUCGCUACAUGAGGCCGCGAGUUGCUGUAGCGAUUUGCUCGACAAGCACUCCUUGGACGGGGGCUACUCCUCGGAAAUUAGCUGCAACUGCUCGGCAAGCUCCUCGAAGCCUACAAGGGAGUUGGAAAACAGUGACAGCCCCCCAGUGCGCCUCUACGAGCCAAGCCAAGGGCCCCCAGUGGUCUCGCGCGCACCGAUGAAGGGCCUCACCCUACCCCGCGUCUCCCCCUCGCGCAAGUUGCCCAACAUCAACAUCCCCCUUCCUCCGAAGGACAUACCAGACCUGAAGGACGAUUUUUCUCCGGCUGCCGUGGAAGAACCCACCAAACCGAGUAAAAAUCUCGAACGGCCGAUGUCUCCUUGCAGCCGAUCUAGCGAUAAUAACAGCAGCCCCAACAGCAGUGAGAGCCAGGGACAGGUGUCCAGUGGAUCUACGGCGAUCGAGGUGGAGAGGACGAGUUACACCAGCUUCUCUUUGGCGGAGGUCACGCUAGGAGGUGUCACUCCACGCAUCUACCCGAUGUCCGCCGAUCUCAGCGAUGAAACGGAGGGAGAGCCAGCGACUAUGACAACGACACCCAAGAAAAUGGAGCCGCAGAGCAGCAGCGCAUUGGACUCCAAGUUUCUACUCGCUCAGAAAAAAUCGAGCACCCUCCAGCAGAUCGUCCAGUCGAGGCGUGGCCGGGCGAAGGACAACAGCAGUUUCGUCCGGAGCAUGAUCGACGAGCUCGAGCGUACCUCCGCGAAAUCAUCUCGGGGCGAUGAUGACCCACCCACGCGGGCUACUGCAGGUUCAACCAGAACAACGGCCGAGGGAACAGCCGAGACGGAUGAGGUUGUGUGGAUACCCGUGUCCAUCGUGGAGCUCGACGAGGAGGUCGAGAGGCCCAGCUCUCCGUUACUGGCUGGCCCGAACUACGACCGAUGCCGCGAGGAGCCCCGGUCGGACCGGAAGGUGAAGCCGAUGGCCACGAGCACCCUCCGUCUCCCGCCGUCGAGCGCCAGAAGGAUCCCACUGCGGAUCUUGGGUGGCCUUAACGUCAGGGCCUACUCGCCGGCGGCCUUGAUUCCCACUGGCCGGAUGACUGCCGACGACCGCAGCUGCUGCCGUUAUCGGACAAACUCGGUAUCUUCGUCGUCUUCGUCGUUGUCGUCGACGGAAGUCUGCCACGACUCCGAGGGGAUCACCGAGAAGUACACCUACGAGCCGGCUUACCCUCAUCGCGGCUUCGAUUACCGCAUCAGCGGGACUAGGAGGUCUAUUUACGUUUGAGAUUAUUUUGAACAUUUUUGUUUUAUCGAUGUACGAGGUACUUGAUUUUCUCCGUGUGAUAUAUAUGCGUAGUGCCAUAUGAUAGGUGAUAAUCCUGCGAUUGGUGAUAGUUAUUUUGAGAAAUCAUAUCGUAUAUAGCUGUUACUAUUUAAUAGGUGUAAAUAUUAUAAGUUUGAGUGUACAUAUAUAUAUGUGUAUGUAGUUCAUAAAUGUAACUUAACUUUAUUGCGAUUGACUUUAUCGUUACAUGUUGUUUUUACCAUGAAAUUUCGCUAAUUAUGAACAAUAAUUAAAUUUGACGAUUCCAAAUGGAAUAAAAGCACCAUUUGUUUUUAUCAGUUGUUGCGUAAAUUUUAAAUAUUAAAGAAAAGAUUUUAUAUUAACGCAUAUGAUUGUAGUUAUCAACACACACACACACACACAAAAGAAGUUCAUUCAAUUUAUGUGGAUUUAAAAACAAUGUAAUUCUUUACUUUCUGAUUUCGUACACAUACGCUUUUCAAAGAAUUUAUUUAAAUGUACUUAGUUGUAUAAUGUUUAGUAUUAAUAUUUUUUGUGCCAGCGAAAUAUAGACCCAUAUACGAUUAUAUUUAAAUAAAUGUAGAAUAUAUCUAAAAUCAUAGACGUAUCUUAUCAUGAUUGGCCGACCAAAGUUAGAAGUUGUUGUUAUUAUUAUAGUGAAUUUCGUAUUAAGUGAUA